AUGGACGAACCACCAGGAUACAUCCCAGACUCCCCAUUCGAUCACAGCGCCCAGCGAGCCCGUCUCGAAGGCAAAGAAUACAAACACCCUCGCCCUUCCUCCCUUGUCCUCGCCCGAUCCACCGAAGACGAGACCACAAUCCGCGAGUACAAGAUCAUCUCCGCAUACAUCGCAGCUUGUCCCCCGUUCCCAGACAUGGGCCUGAUCAACGAAUGGAGAAUUAUGUGUCGCGUUAAUCAUACCAAUACAUAUGAGAUUUCUCUCAAGGGCCUCCCCUGUCGCGAUGGUGGGUGCGAGAUUAAUGAGACCUACAUCCAGCUUGCGCCUGGGCCAUCAGUCAUGAAGAAUGGAAGACUCGAUGGGAUGGCAAAGACGUUCAAGAUUAGUGUGCGUAGUGGUUCUACUAUUGGAGACUUGCUCGAUGAGAUUUUCGAGAAGAACUUGAAUAAGUUUCAGCUUUUGCAUGGGCGAGGAAACCGCUAUUGGCUCUAUGGCAUCCUCCAAGUAGCCACUAGAACCUUUCAUGCACAGGACGAGAAUGUAACCGGUAUGACCUAUCUCAGUCAAGGCUGGGACAAGGAAUUUCCCAUCCGUCCAGGCGAUUUUCAGGCUCCCACCAAGGGGGUAUGGCUCGACAAUAGUGCUUGGUACGAGUGA